AUGGGUUUAGAACAAAUAGAGCAACUCGUGCAGGGUACUGGAAGUCCACUGCAAAAAGAUAGGAAAGUUUCCUGCCAAAGCAGACCCAUUGGCAUGAAGAAGACUUUGGUGUACUAUAGAGGCCGAGCUCCUCAAGGAAUCAGAACUGAUUGGGUAAUGCAUGAGUAUCGCCUUGAUGACAAAGAGUGUGAAGACACCACUGGAUUACAGAAGCUUGCAUAUGCAUCUUUCCUCCUAGAAGAUGAGGCUGAGUAUUGGUGGGAUGGAAUGCAACAACUGACGGGAGCUCGUGGCGAAGCCAUCUCUUGGAAUAGUUUUAAGACCAGGUUUUUGGAAAAGUAUUUUCCAAACAGUGCCAGGAUUGAAAGGGAGACUGAAUUUUUGACUCUACAACAAAAGGAAAUGACAGUACAAGCUUAUGUUAAUAGAUUCGAGUACUUGGCCCGUUUCUACGCACAUAAUAUGUCUGAAGAGUGGAGAUGUCGGAGAUUCGAGCGAGGGUUGAGACACGAAUUAAUGAAGAUGAUUGUGCCUUUGGAGAUUACGGAGUUCCCAGCCCUAGUUGAGAAGGCAAAGACGAACAUGGCACACCGAACUAGCGACCAUAGUCAAACACCUCAGGCUGAUGUGUUUUCACAAGCUGUCGACCGAAUGUUCAAUGCGAUGGAACGACAACAUGUCGCUGAAGCGCCAAGGAAUCAUUCUGGUUUAAAUGACUUCUUGAGACAUGAUUCCCCGAAAUUCAAUGGAAAGGCCACUCUAGACAAAGCUUAA